CCAUUUUCACAGUGUUCUUAUUGCAAAAAUUUGUAUUGUAGCGAUAGAAUUUAAUAUAACUAAAUGAAUAUGUUGGUUUUGUUGGGUGCAUAGCAAGAAUAUUAAUAAAAAAACAUAUUUUAAAGAUUUAUAACUUCCCCGCGAUAAUAAGCAGUAACUCUGAGCAUUACUGACUGACCUAAAUUUCCUGAUGCUCACAGUCUGACACGUUGCUUUCUAUCAGUGGUUCAUUUGUGUUAUGCAGACUAGAAGUGCACCAUGAUGUUUAAAUACCUUUUUAUGAAUGUUUUUGCUUUCUUGGUGAUUAUUAAGACAACAGAGUCAUCUAAAGGGCUGCCGUUGCGUACCACCUUCAAUGUGAAACCUGGUGGACAGACACAUACACACAAGGAGGAAGUGGAUGGGUUUUCCUGUGCUUUUGAAUAUUCAUGCCAAGGAGGUACGCAUGAGGAAUGGAAGAUGGAAAUUAUUCUGGAACCAGGGUCCAAUGAAUACACAUGCAAAGUGUUCCGGGAGGGAGGGACAUCCUACCUGUUUUUCAGCGACUUCAAGUUGAUGAUUGAUGGAGGUCAUCUCAAGGAUGCUGUUGCCCUGGGUGAGGACAACAAAGCACUUAUCAGUGAAGUGGAGUAUGACCUGGAUAAAAGACAUAAUAAAGUUAGCAGUACUGAUGCCUUCAAGUCUCACCUCAGCUUUUUGAUGGCUGGGUUUACAAAGGAGAAGGAAGAGUUGUGAUGUCUCUAUCCCCAAAGUUCACCACCACACAACCACAUCACUCUAUUCCAUUGUCUCAUCCAACACCAGGGUGUACAUUUCCAUUGUGUACCUUAAUCUAAAUUACUUACCUCCUUUGGGAGGAUUAUUUACAUAUCCAUUGACUGUUGCAAAGUGUACAUGUGAUGUGAUAUUGCUCAGUGUUUUGGUUAUUAAAAGUGCUCAUUGUGAGUUAAACUGA